CCGGCCGCCGGCGCCUCGGGAGAGCCAAGAUGGCGGCAGCGGCGCGGUGGCUGCGGGCGGCGGCUGGGCUGGGAGGCCGGUUCUGUCGCAUGACAUUAAAAAACGUUAAUUUAACAACUGAACAGCCUCUCUGCCAAUUCGUACGAAGGAAACCGUUUCUUCCAUCCACCGUAGCACAUAAUACAGUAAGAUGCAUGUUUAUUCAGACUCAGGACACUCCAAAUCCAAAUAGUUUGAAGUUUAUUCCAGGAAGAGAAGUACUGGAGUCGAGGACCAUGGAUUUUUCUACACCAGCUGCAGCGUUUUGCUCACCUUUAGCGAGGCAGUUGUUCAGGAUUGAAGGAGUUAAAAGUGUCUUCUUUGGGCCAGACUUCAUCACAGUCACAAAGGUGAGCGAAGAUUGGGAUUGGAAUUUACUGAAACCAGAUAUUUAUGCAACCAUAAUGGAUUUCUUUGCCUCUGGUUUACCUGUAAUUACUGAAGGGGCACCUCGUACAGAUACAGCUGCAUCAGAAGAUGACGAUGAAGUUGUGUUAAUGAUUAAGGAACUUCUGGAUACCAGAAUAAGGCCAACAGUUCAGGAGGACGGAGGUGAUGUCAUAUAUAAAGGCUUUGAAGAUGGGAUUGUACAGUUAAAGUUGCAGGGUUCAUGCACUAGCUGUCCCAGUUCUAUCAUAACGCUGAAGAAUGGGAUACAGAACAUGCUGCAGUUCUAUAUUCCAGAAGUAGAAGGCGUGGAACAGGUUGUUGAUGAUGAAGAUGGAGUGGAGAAAGAAGCAAACUCUACCUGAGCUAACAGCAUGUGUGAGACUCUAAAUAGAAAAGUGUUCCUGGGGGUGUGUAUAACUUAACCAUGUCCUGAGGAACAACGAAAAUUGCCAUUCUCUACUUUAGAAAAAUAGUUAAAUUUUCAUCUUUUAAAAUGCUGCCCCUAUUUAAAGAUAAUACACUGCUUUUUCCAGGGACUUACUAUAUGGUCUGCUUUCAAAAGAGAACUUGUUCCUUCUCCUGUAGACUUCAUAACUGUUACGCGUGGUUAAGAAACAAAUGAAAAAGGCAUUUUUAAACAGUGAUUUGUCGGUCUAUUUCUAUUUCACACACACAGGCUUAAGAAUAAAAGUGGGAAGUGAAAAAAGUAAGUGAAAUUGUUUAGAAUAAAUUCUAAAAGUUGUGCAUUUUAUAUAAUAUCUGUAUCAAAUAUUCUCCCUGUUCUGGCUUAUGGGCUUUUGGAAUGACUUGCAAUCGUAUUCUGAAGCUCUGAGAUGUAGAGUUUAUUUUUAUGAAGUAAAUUAUUUUUGUUCUUGAUUACUGUGUGAGAGAGUUGACUAAAAGUUAACCUGGUCACUUCAAAUGUUUGUUGAUUAUACCCAGUUGUUAAAUAUAAUAAUAUUGACUAGUUUUGUGAUUUGUUAUUUCCUUCCUUCCAAAAUUGUAUAGACAAUGGCAACAAAAUCAGAUACAAUUAGUUACAGAUGUGAAUCAGCUCUCUAAGAAAAUAAAACCAUUUUUAAAAAAGAGUUCAUUAGAUGAUCCUUAUCAGCCAUGAUAGUUGGAGAGACUAAUGCACUUUUUUAUAACUAAAGAUUAUCCAGCAUAUAUUAUUAAUCUGUUUAAAUUUGCAAUAGGUCCAACCCUUAACAUACUAUUUCUGGGUGAGGAAAAACGUGGCAGGAGAGAACAGGUCAGUUUUUAAAUGUUUGUAAAACUAUGGAAAGGGAAGAAGUUGACUUUUUGAAACUGAAAUCUGUCACUCGUGCAUUUCAAGAGCAAAACAUCUAUUUCAUGGGUACUUAGAGGCAUAACCUGUUUCCAGUGCCCAGUCUGAGUAGAUGACUUGGGUAUUAGAGAUUCUGCUUUCCAAAUGAGUUGCUGUAUGGCCAUGACUUGGGCUUGUGGCUGGAAGAGUUCCUACAGUUUUUGUGCUCCCUCCCCUACAUGCAGGAGUUGAUUACCUGCUGCACAUGCCCUAUCUCCCUUCAAGAGCCACGGCUAUGCAGGAAGCUUCCACAGAACUAGACUCCAUGGUGAGUGAGCAGUACAUAACUCCUGAAAUUCUGCCUCCCUCCCAUCCCAUGCCCAAUGGAACCAGAGAAGGUCUGUUGCAAGAAGAGCCCUUCAUAUCAAUAGACAGGGUUUGGGGCAACACAGUGGUCGUCACUGAAUAAGAAAAACAGCCUUAGAAAUCCCUGCUCAGAGCAGUCUUGAGUGAUCAUUUUUGAAGAGCUGGGAUUCCUUUAGAAAAUUCAAGAUCUGGUUUACUCUUCCAGAUUUUUCAGUAAUUAUAAGUGUGCUACUUACAGCCUAAUCACAACUGAGUAUCAAAUAGGGCACUGUAAGUACACAGUGUGAGGUAGUAAGGACCACAUUUUCGGUUGGUUUAACUCCACCAAUUUCCCGGAUCUCAUGAAUUAAACCAGCAGAGAAUUGUGCCCACAGGUCACAAAGCAGCAUGUGGUAACAAUGGACUUUAUGCGCUCUCUCUUCAGUUUCAGGAUAAAUAUUUAUUUUAAUAAAACAGCUGUUGGAACUCUGAUUUGGAGUCAUAAUGCAGUGUCCUAUAAAUAAGAACCAGGAUUUGGAGUUUGGAACUCCUGUGUGUUUUUGUCCGCCUCCCUCUUACAAAGUAAACAAUGUCUAAUCUUGCUAAUGUAUUUAUAACAAAAUUACCCCUAAGGCAUACGUGUGCUCUUCAAAGGACCAGCUUGUGCACAGGCUAACGCCAUGCUUCUUGCUUUCAGCAGCAAAGUACAAAAUGGCUGGUAAUGUUUCUGUUGUCUUAAAAAUUGAGCUUUUUUGGCCUGAUUUCAGGUCAGUUUCCUGACUACCUUUAUAUACUCAUAGACUCUAGGACUGGAAGGGACCUCGAGAGGUCAUCGAGUCCAGUCCCCUGCCCUCAUUUGAGUAUUUAUAAACCACUAAAUACUCAAAUGUGAAAUAGGUAUAUUGUGAAUUAAAUAAAUCCUCUCCAUUUGUCUGUCAGUGUGCUUUGUCUCUUUUGGUCAGUAUUUUUAUUAGCAUGGGUAGGCAACAUUAACUCAUCUACACACUAAGGGCUCAAUUCUGCCUCUGCUAUGGAUGCGUAAUCAGUGCUGAUUUCUGUGGGAAUGGUAUGUACACAGACGAGGGCUGAAUUUGGCCUAUUUUACACUUGAAGUUGAAGAUUAAUGAAGACACAUUAAAUCCCUGUUAGCUUUGUGGUUAAAGCACGGGGCUGGGACUCAGUACAUUGGAAUUUCAGUUCCAGCUGUGCCAUAGACUUCUUUGUGACCUUGGCCAACUCACUCAGUUUCUCUGUCUGUCUUUUUUUCCUCUGUGAAAUGGGCAUAAUACUUGCUUUCUCCCUGUUUUUAUCUGUCUUGUCUAUUUAGAUAGCAAGCUCAUUAGGGCAAGGAUUGUCUGACUAUAUGUGCAGGACCCAGCACAAUGGGGGCCCCUAGGUGCUACUGUAAUACAAGUAAAUAUUCUACUGUUUACCCCUGGAUAAACUAGGGGUAUAGGGAGGCAGUUACUUGCCCAAGUUCACGCAGCAAGUCAAUAAGAGAGCUUGGCACUGCAAAUCAAUCCUGAUUCACAGCACCCUGCUGUAACCAUUGGACAACAUUUCCCAAUAAAGGCUUCCCAGACAAAAGUAACUGAGGUCACUGUAUUAUUUGCUACUUGAAAAAACGUGUGUGCAUAUGUGGAAAAAUUUACUUAUGAAACACUACUUCAACCAUUUAAAAAGUAAUUGGUGGCUGUCCGUUCAUAUUCUAACUUUCUGUUAGUAUGUAAAUAUAAUAGUAUCAAAGUGAUGCUUACAAAUGAAUCUUUUAGCAAACAAACAAACAAAAGUACAAUCACUGUUAAAUUUAUGUGAAAAAGGCAUUGGUUCAUUAAACUGAAUAAAACAAAAGUUAGAUGACAGUAUAACAAUGACAUUAUUACCUGUAUUGCAGUGGCACCUAGAAGCCCCAGUUUUGAACCAUUGCUCUAGGAGCUGUAUAAACAGAAUAAAAAGAUGGUCUUUGCCCCCUAGAAUUUACAAUGCAAGUAAAUUAUACAUUAAUAUAAAUCUUUAACAGUAAAUUCUGAUUUUUAUGAUAGCCAAAAGUUGGUAACAUUAUCAGUUCAGAUCACUGGGAAUUUUACUCUGGAUGUGCAAAGUUCUGCAUGAAAGACAUCAAGCUCCUUCAGAAGAGCCCUGCUUCUGCAACUUUCCAACAGUAGGAGUGCCAAACCCUGAAGACUGGUUUCUGAAAUGGGUCUACUACAGUCUGCUGUAAGUACAAUUCCAGGUGCCAAAACUGACGGUCACUUAAGCUGUAUUUUGAAUUGCUGGAGUUUGAAAAAUCAAAUUGGUACUAUGGGAUAGCGCUUGGAUUAAAUAUAUAUUUAAAACGCUUAUUACAAAUUAAAAUAGGAUUCUGCUAGCAAAUCUGUAAUAAGAAUAUCGUACAUCAGUACAUUUAUUAUUCUGUGGAAAAAUACAAGGGUUGUCACUGACACAUCCAAAAUAUUCCUCAAGAUUAAAAGAAAAAAAAAAUCCACACAUGCAAACUAAGCUAAUACAGCUCUCCUCUUUUAUAGACAGUCAGUUACAGCUGUCUAAAUUCUUGCCAUCUUGAAACUGUUCACAGGAGAUAGAAUACCUGUUUUUUCACAGGAUGUGAUUCAUUCCAAGCCUCUGGAGGAAACUAGCUAAUGUCUUUUUAUAUGACAGUAUAUCUGAUAAUAUAACUGCUUGAUGUGAAGCAAUCAGCAAAUAUAACCCUCUGUGAUUGGAUUCAUGAGGCAGGUAUUUUCAGCCCAGCAACAGGAGGAAAUAGCUCAGAUUUCCUAAUGGUCGCUUAUUCAAAAUGUAUGUCAUCAAAGAUUGCAAAAGACUAUAUUGCUUUGGGGUUUUUUCUUUUGUGUAGCAGGUGCGUAGAUAGCAAUCUGAAGCUCAGGACUGUAGCCAAAAUUUAUAUGCCAAGUAAGAUUACUCCAUUCAGGGUUUUACCCAGAGCACUGCAGUUAAUGUUAUAUUUCCAAAGUCUGCAUUUGUCCGACAGGUAUAUAAAUGUUUUCAUUUGCUUUUUUCCUGCUGGUAAUACACUUGGGCCAUAUCUCCACUAGAAAGUUAUACUACUUAAACCAUAUCGGUUCCUGUACAGGAAUAAGCUAUGCUAGUAUCAAACAUCUUCAUAUUGGUAUGACUGCAUUCAUAGUAGGUGAUACUUAUAUUUUGGUCAAAAAUCAGACUCCCUAGCUGAAAUAGUUAUACUGGUUUAAAAGAAGUGUACAGAGCAGGGCUUGGAAUAAGAACAAAAACCUUGUGGCCUAAUUUUGGCCAUUGAGGGGGGAAAUGAUGUAGCCAUUUCAAGAAUGAGUACACAAACAGCUUGCAAAAGCACAGUCGGCAGAAGUGGCUAAGCAGGGAGAGGUGGAAACGAGUCAAAACAUUCAAAUGGCGCAGCUGUACAGUGCCUCCUGGACGCUGGCACCCACGAUGACUGCCCUUCUUGCCCUUGGACCCGGACCCUCAGUGUCGUCGUAUGUGUAUACUGUAUUUAGGUAACCCAGUCUACAAAGUUAUAUGUACCAUUAAGGAUCCACACAAGGGUUGGUGUAUGAAGGCCAUUACUAGUUCCUGGGGUGUACACACCUAGAACCAUGGCCUAUGCCUUCUACCUAUUCAGUUUCAGCUUAGAAUACGCUUGGCAAGACAUCUGUCUAUAGUUUUUCUAAAGUACCUAUGUGGGUAGCAUUUUAGCAAUAAGUACACUCAGGAUCUACGGUGGUACUAAUGAACACAGUAUGCAUUUCGUGGGUGCUUUAGUCCUGCCCCUGCUCCCACUCAAGUUGACAAAACUCCCAUUGACAUCACUGAAAGCAGGAUCCAGGUCCUUCAUGCCCAAUAAAUCUAGGCACCUCUCAAUUCAUUGUUGCCAUUGGCUUGUACUAAAUUCAGCAGUGAGUUUCAGCAUGGAGAACUGCAAGUCUCAGCCUAAGUCAGCACGGAACAGCAAAAAAAAGCACAACUGUGAAAGAAGUGGAUGGAUUGAGUCUGUUUCACACAGUGUGAAAAUGUGGAUGGUGGUGCUUUGAGGUUAAUGGAGAUGACAUUCUUGUAUCAUUGGCCAAAUAGAUCAUACGUCAGUGAGUUAGGUGACGGAAGGACAGUUUAUUUCUAUUUGUUCUCAGUUGUGCUAUAAUGAUAAAUUGGUAGAUUCCUUGCGCCCCCCC